CGUGAGUGUAUUUGAACCCUCCGUGCUUUCCCCCCUUCCGUUUGGCUCGAAAACCGCUGUUUCCUACCCCGUAGGGCUGCGGAGCCCUAAAGCCGACCCCCCUGCCGUUGCUCGAUCCGCAAGCGAGAGCCAACCCGCGCGCAGGAGGGCUAGGGUCACUCAAAGUUGUGAAUUUCUUCUAACCUCACUCUGACAGCCAGCCCAGUCCACGACGACCACCGACGCCCCGAAACCAUCACCACACCCAACGAUCAAGAUGGUUCGUUACGCUGCCCACGAGAUCGCCCCCGCGAAGUCGGCCCGCGCCCGCGGCGCCUACCUCCGUGUGUCCUUCAAGAACACUCGCGAGACCGCCCAGGCCAUCAACGGCUGGAAGCUCCAGCGUGCCGUCACCUUCCUCGAGAACGUUACCGAGAAGAAGGAGGCCGUCCCCUUCCGCCGCUACGCUGGCUCUAUCGGCCGCACCGCCCAGGGCAAGGCCUUCGGUGUCUCCAAGGCCCGCUGGCCCGUCAAGUCCGCUGAGUUCCUUCUCGGCCUCCUCAAGAACGCCGAGUCCAACGCCGAUGCCAAGGGUCUCGACACCGGCAACCUGGUUGUCAAGCACAUCCAAGUCAACCAGGCCCCCAAGCAACGGAGACGCACAUACCGUGCUCACGGUCGUAUCAACCCCUACAUGUCCAACCCCUGCCACAUCGAGCUCAUCCUUACCGAGGGUGAGGAGGUCGUCCAGAAGUCUGACGCCGUUGCUGGCCGUGAGGAGAUCCGCCUCAACUCUCGCCAGCGUGGUGCCCGCGUCCGCCAGGCCAUCACCGCCGCAUAAACGAACUCUCUUUUAACGGAUGAUAUUCGACAUUUUAUGCGGUUGGGCGUUGCGAAGUGUGGAAACGCGGAACACCUGGGAGGUUUUGGGUUGACGGAUGCGUGGAUGCGUGGAUCAACCAACAAAUAAAACUUUUGCGGCUUUUCAUAUGCUGGUGUACAGGAAGGCUAUGGUCUCAUGGCAUUUAGGGAUUGGCAUGCGAACUCUCACGCAACGGUCUGCAUGGGCCACCAAUAAACAAACAUGCAAAAACGAUUCCCCCAGGCGGCCCUAGCUACAUGAUUGGCGUCAACGGAUACGAGGAAAAUGCAUUCAAUUAUGGCCUUCUUUUACAAGACAACUUAAGUCAUUCCCAUAUCCGAGUUGAUGCCGCCUUCCUAGUUGUUACGGACAUGGUUUUUGAACCCUGUUUAACAUGAUACCCUACAGCCUGCUGAUUUCAGUGCCCAACGACGCUCUCCGCCCCCCUUACCCCCAAGAUCCUUUUGUGGUAUCGUAUCCCAAACGCCGAGUAGUAGCAAAUUGCCAAGAUACCUUGCCAAAGUAAAUCGUUAUACAGUCUCGAUACAGCCUCGCUGACGCAGACUCAACCCUGGCGCACUGUUUUGGUGAUGACUCCGCUGAAGCGUCCCCGGCCAGGGUGCACGAUGCCGUCCAUCUUUGCGGCUUCGAUAACUCCCUCAUCGUACACGUUGUUCCACUCCGUAUCCAUGCCGAAUGCAGUGAUCAGAUUGAAUUGCUCCUGGGGUGUGAUAUGGUUGGUGAUCUUCGCUGCCAACCUGUCGGUACACACCUGCAUGAUAGACGCCAACUCUCUGCGCCUCGAUAUAACGUCCUGAGACGCCUGUCUCGGAGAAUGACUUCCCAGGAUACCGGUAUUGUCAAUGGAGGAACUGUCCACAAGUACGUAGCCGCAGGACUUGAACGACAGGUGCUCAAUCGCGAGGGAAGCCUUGUCUCUGACAAGGCAGUGCGGACGGGGAAUGAAAGAGAAGCCAUCGUCUCGACGCACGAAACCAUCGACCCAAUCGUCUUCGUCCAGUUCAUCGCCUUGACUAGCCAUCAGCUCGUGGAUUGAAGGUGCCGGAGAAACGCGCUCAAUGAUGCCCGCCCAAGACAGCAGCUUUGGCUGCUUAAGCCGCAUCCUAUUCCAGUUAGGAAUCUGGUUCGGCGGUAACGGAGGGACUUGAUUCGGUCCAGCGCCCAUGUUGCCCAUUGGAGGUUGAGCCGGUGGUGGCGGCGGUACCGCCGCACCCCCUUGGUCAAAGCCCAAAGCUAGGGGCAAGUUGACUUGCUGUUGAAGAGGGGCGGCUGGCACCGGGGGCGGCUGUUGUUGAGCGAUCUGUUGAGCAGCUUGAGCCACGCCGUGAGCAUGCGCUGGGCCUGGAGCCUGUAUCUGGAUUUGAAUCGGCGCUCCGACAUGGGCAUGUAGUUGAUGGAUUGCAGCAUUCAAAUGGGCUUGAUCCCGCGUAGGCGAACCUGUGAGAGAUACGGUCUCCAACUCGAGCUUCUGCAGUGACUGGCCUGCCAUCGUUCGGAGGGCUUGGAGGAAGACGUGGGGCGUCGCAUAGCAGUUUUUCAGCGACAGAUGCCUAACGUGCGGCAAUGAGAGCAAGACGUCCGGCGACUUAGCGGUCUCGGGAUGCACCAUUUGCUCGGGCGAGCAAAAUGGAGCCGGAAGCACGUACAGAUUGCGCUGAGUCGUGCCGGGUGCGAACUCACCGCCGCAAAUCCACUCAAAGUGGAGAAACUUGAUGUUCUCUUGCGUUGCGAUGUGGUCCUGGAGUAAGCUCUGAACCUUGAGGACGGACUCCACGGGAGAGACGAAGGUGUCCUCAACGCAGCCAGGCGCCACCUUGGCUACCUGGCGCCAAUCGGCGACAACGGCCAGAGCAACGUUGGUGAGGUUGGGUAAGCUUUGCCAAAAGUCCGGCCUCUGGAACAUAAAAAUAUGGCUGCUGGGUAUCUUGGCGAUCGUCAGGGUCGUCAGCGAGUUAAAUCUGCUCAGCCGAGCAUUGUCAAUGAGCGCGAUCACGUAUGACUGGAUAAGAGCUCGAUGUGCCCACUCCAGCUCCAACAACAUCUCCUUCUGCCCUCUGGUCAGGUUUCUGGGCUGCAGCGGAUAGCCCGCGGGCGAGUCCCUGAGCACCGCCAUCAGCGUUCGCGUGAAGGUGUCAUCGUGAUCCUGGUCAGGAGCGGCAUCAACGUGUUGAAGCACGGCGCGGUUGAUGACUUGGCUCUCGGAGCUGGCCAGGGCGGCGGCGGCGGCGGCGGUACGCUCAUCAAAGUCGAUACUCGUCAACGAGACGUUCUCGGUACUCAAGAGCAUCGCAAUGGCAUCCUUGGCCUGGUCUUGCGCGUACCCAGCUUUUCUCACCAUUGACUCAAGGACGGUAUACUUGAAGUCUCGAGGACUCUCGAAGGCGUGCUUGCGGGCGUUCAUAGAAUCCGAGUUGAUUCGGAGGCGUCGCUGCAGCGUCCGGUAUCGCAAGUUGCGCAAGCCGAAGACGGGAUGCGGCAACGGGGGGCUCUCCAGCUGUUGAUCAGGGCCCAAGAGAUAGCCCAAUCCUGCGUCGCAGCACAGUCCCAAUUCCUGCACCUUGGCCAAAUAUCCUAGAGCUUCCAUCAUAGAGGCUGUCUCGUCAGCAGUCUGCUCCAGUCCCUCGAGUUCCGUGUAUCGUAGAUAUGAUUCGUGGGGCCACCGGUAGAUGCCCCAGUACGAGGUGAUGGCCUCCUGUGUCGGUUUGAUGGGUGGGUAGGCGAGAUUCUCUUCGUCGAGUUCGAGGGACAGGGCGAAACGUAGGAUGUGUUCGCCGAAAGACUGGAAGAUUCGCAUUCCACUUGAGAAGAGCGUAUCUUUGCCCGACUGCGCCUGCUCGUUGUCCUCGUUCUCCAAAAACGCCUUCUUCUUCAUAGCCUGGUAUAUCUCCGAGCGGAAGGGAACCACGACGUUGCGGAAGUAUUUUGCUGAAAUCAUCUGAUCGAACUCGCGAUUGACCAGGCGGAGAUUCUUAACAUCCAACCGGGACAGGUAUGUGGUGAUCUCGUCAAAGAUCUCAACUGGGAUCUUGGCGGGCGGCCAAGUCGGCACUAUAUUCGAAGCCAUGGAACCCUGAGAGCGAAGCCUACGUCGUUUGCAGGGCAUGCUAGAUGUCAGAGUGUCCCGUUUGUUCAUGGCGAUUGCUGAGUUAUCCCGGCAUGAAUGGACUGCCUAGUGGAGGGUUGGUCGGAUUGUAGGGUUCGGUAAAUGGUGUUAUCAGGUAGUGGUUCGGCGGUCGGAGAUCGGAAGUCAAAGGUUUAUAUGGUCGGUUGGAUACUUGACUGAUUGACCAACAUGAAUUAUGUUGGUACCUCAUUAGCCGAAGGGUCAAGCGGAGGUUGAGGAGUUGUGUUUGGUUAUGAUGGGUUAUGGUUGCUGCGAGCAGUCGAGAGAUGUGGAUCGUUGGUCGUCAAUCAUGAAGUUGUAAAAUACGCUGAGAGGAUAUGAAAUGGUAAUUGCGACUGCAGUAAUGAUGCAGCUCUAAAGAACAUACAAAAAUGGGUUGUGGGCCAGUGAGACACACAACCUGGAGAUAUGGCGGCGGCGUAUUCUAUUUAACAAUGUGAGAAAAGAAAUGGUGACUUAAGCGUCGCGAAGGUUGAAAGGACAAAAGAGAGGUGAGGGGCAGGUUCAGUAUCUGAAGUGCAGGUGCAAGCAGGUGCAAGCAGGUUGGGUGGUGUUGAAGGUAGGUCCGGCGCAGGAGCCACUGUGAG